UUCAAUCAGAGACGCAAGCAAAUCCGCCCAAGUAAAAUAAAACUAAUUGUUUUCGGUUGUUCAGUUUACGUUUGUAGCUCGAUGCGAGCAGAAUCGUUUUUCGAGGUUUAAUGAUCGUCGAGUGUGUAUGUUUUUUUUUCUCAAAAAGACAACGGUUUUAUAAACAUUUUUGCGUACAAAAUUAUCGGAUAUUAGGUGUAGUUUAAAAAAAAAAUAACACGGCGAAAGCAAUGAAUUUAUACAUUUUUAUGACAUUUGUGCUCUUACACAACGUAGUCGUUGUGCUGACACAGGAUCCACAUAUCGAUGAUGAGGAGCCACCAGAAGGAUAUUAUGCGUUCGUUGAAUCAGCUUCAGCCAUACCGCCGAGCGUUCGUCCACCCCCAUAUACUCAUGUAAAUCUCGAAUGCAAAGAUAUUCCCAGUAAAAAUGCCUUUGUGUCGGUGCACAAUAUUUGCGGUGACUUGAAUAAAGGUCAAAUACCACGCAAUCCAAUGGGACAAAAUGUGUUAGGUGAACCGUAUCCAUUUGAAUUGAUUCGAAAUCGUACAUUGGACUUUUUGUCAAAAACAUUACCCGUACUAAAAGCUGAUGACACUCUGCCGAAAGUGACACAACUUCUCGACGAACAAAUCGAUGUCAUUGACAAUAACGGUAUUGGAAAUCGUGUGGGUCGUCGAAACGCGAGAAGUACGAACGAAGACGAUGAGAAUCGCAAACCACGAAGACUUUGCGAUGGUAAUGGUGGCGGUGUGUUCUGUACGUUGUAUCGUGCUAUUCAAGGUGAAGGCUUCGGUGGCGGCGGUGGCAAUGGAUCACCUCAAAUUGCCGAACGUCGUGAAGAAUUAAAUGCACCACGUUACGAAGGUCCACCAACACCCUGCCCGGCCAAAGUUGAGUACGCAACACCAGUGUUUGCCAAAAAUUAUCAAGGAUCAUGGCGAUACGUUGUUCAAAUUCCAUACGAAGGAUACUUUACACAAACCGUCGAAGUGACACGUUGUCUGCAAUCACGAUGCCAUUAUUUGGACGGCGGUUGUUUGUCGUCUCCGCGUUGGGUUAGUAUGCUUGUGGCCGAAAUUUUUUAUCCAACCGAAUAUAGUUUAUCGACUACGACAAGUACACCCGCUCCAUCCGUUGGUGAUUUCCAAAAUUAUCAACAAUACUUGCAAAAACGAGCUGGCGCCUCAUCAGCCACUGAUGGUACAUCGGAUCAACAGUUGAACAACGAUCAAAAGUCCAUACAUUGCGACGGUUACGACGAAAUUGGUUGCUUCGAAGUGCGUCUCUACUACGAUUGGUUCUUAAUUCCUGGUUCUUGUAAGUGCUGGCGACCAGACUACUUUGCCAGAUAUGUCCGAAGAAAGCCCGGCAACGCCGCUGAUUUGUAAAUAACACAAUCCAAAAAUUAACAAAAAAAAAGGUAGAAGCAAACAAAAAAAAAAACAAAUAAAAAACAAUACACAAAACGAACACUCUACAUUCGAUAGCAAAAAUGAAGUGACAACCGUCUCACAUCGAACAAAUUAA